AUGACGCUGGCGAGGAGCCGGAAGUGGCAGGCCGCCCUCAGCGCACUGCGGAGAAGGACCGGCCUUUCACCGAAGAUCGCCUUCACGGCUGUGGCGUCUGCCAGUCUCAGAGUCUCCGAAUGGCAGAUUGCCCUCGACCUCCUCACGCGGGAUUUGGCGCUGAAAGGUGUGAGCCUGGACCAGCGAUCCUACUGCACCGCCCUGACGGCCUGCGAGCGCGGCCUGCAGUGGCGGAAAGCGCUGCUGCUCUUCGAGGAGAUGCGGCGCCAGGCGAUCCAGUCCAAUGACUUCAUUUGCUCGGCGGCAAUCAGCGCUUGUGGCAAGAGCACCAAGUGGCCAACGUCCUUGCGCUUGCUGAGAGAGCUGACGGAGGCCUUGGAGCCGUGCAAAUUCAGCAUCAACGCAGUCAUCCACGCCCUCGCCAGAGGACGAGAGUGGCAACGUUCCCUCCACCUUCUGGAGCUUUUUAAAGGAGAUGUGGUGACCUUCAACGCAGCCCUCGCGGCUUUGUCGGGGUCCGCGCUUUGGUCGCAUGCCCUGGCCAUCUUCGAGGAGAUGCCGAUCCGUCGCUGCGACCCGGAUGUAGUCAGCGUGAACACGGUGGCCAGCGCGUGCGAGCGUGGCUCUGCCUGGCGCCGGGCACUGGCGAUGCUUCGAGACGCGUCCGAAUCGCAGGUUGACCUCGUGGCCUUGGGAGUGGAGGCAGCAGCACACGGGCGCGCACAGCACUGGGCCGUGGCUGUGGCGGUGCUUGCAAAGACGCAGGCAAUGCAGUUGCAACGGGGCCGCGGCGCCAACAACAGCUUCCUGGGCAACAUUGUACUUUCAGCAUGCGACAAGGCAGCUGAAUGGGAAGCUGCCUUGGCAGUUCUUGAGAGCAUGAAGGUGUCAAAGGCCGCAGAUUUGGUCUCCUUCAACACCUGCAUAUCAGCAAGUGCCACGGCAGCGCGGUGGCACAUCGCCCUGGCCGAGUGUUGA